CGCGUCAGAUGCAUUUGUACUUUUCAUUUUAUAUUCCGUCGGUCCGCCGCUUAUGCUUCAAGAAAUCUCGUUGGAAUAUUCUCUCGCUGCGGAGUCCCUGCCCGUCCUCAUCUCGCGCUUGAUCUCGAGGAACGCAUCUCUCGCUUCUCUCGGCCCCUUCUAUUCCGCAUAUACCGCUUCGACCUUGCCGUCUACCUCGACGCCGGCAACCUCCACAACCUUCCCCGCCUAAUAGCUUCUUCCAGGAGUCCCCCACUGUACCACUUGUAGUUGCGUGCUAGGAAGUUUUCGUUCUCCAUUUUCCGGUUUUGUAUACUGUGGAUCUUUCAAUUGGUUGUUAUAAAGGGGACAAAUUAUUCUUAUUUUGUAUUUGCACCAUUGUUGUAUCAUCAGAAAUACUUGAAAAAUGUCUGGUGAAGACGACCUGAAGAAAACCCAAACUGUGGAAGCUCGAGCUAGAAAUAUUAGCCAUAAUGUACGUUGUACAGAAUGCGGAAGCCAGUCCAUUGAAGAGUCACAAGCAGAUGUUGCCAUUCUGUUGCGGAAGCUAAUACGUGAUGAAAUUAGAGCUGGUAAAACGGACAAGGAAAUAUACCAAGACCUACAGGAUAAAUUUGGGGAGACUGUUCUUUAUGCACCAAAGUUUGACAUGCAGACUGCAGCUUUAUGGUUAUCUCCGUUCCUAGUCGCUGGAGCUGCUGCAGGUGUUUGGGCUUAUCAGAGGCACAGGAGGAAGACUGAUGUGCAUAUCAUGGCUCUGAACCUUGUCAGAGGAGUUCCUUUGACAAAAAUGGAGAAAAAAACAAUGCUGGAUAUCCUCACGCCACCUCCUCCAAAAAGGAAGUUAUGGUGGUGGAGCUGAUGGAAAAGAUGAGCUCGAGGGCUUCUGGUACCUCUAGAACAUUGUACUGCUAUUGUGGGCUACCAUUCUUCCUGCUUACUUCUUGACAACCACAUAGCUACAAGAGAUUGUUUGAUAAGUGUUUGGGGAGAAGACAAGAAAGAUGCGACUUCUUUAGAUGGGCAGUUGUGCUGGAGGAAUCAACAGCUGAUAGUGAUUGGACUUGGCGAGUUUCUCUGGAUAACUUUUCUCGUGAUAUAAGCCAAGUGU